UUUGGGCACCCUAGGAUAGUGCCUUUUUCUCCUUCCCUCCUCACCUUUUACCACCUUAGCUUAGCACCUCUCUUGUAAAGAACUCAAUCCUACAGACCAGUUUACAGAAUCAGAUUCAAUCCAAAGGAAAGCGUGCGAGAUGAUGGUUCCCCACAAAAGAUCAAGAUUGCCUUUCUGGCUAUUUAUUAGACUACAGCUCAUGAUUUUUGUAGUAUACGGAGUAAUAGAAUUGACAAAUAUCUGAAAGGGCAGUAGCAGUUGAGGUACAAUGGACAUGGGGUUGGGGGCAAGAACCAUCAACUUUACGAAUGAGACAUUGCACACUUGUGGGCAUGGUGGGUUUUGUUGUGCAGAGCUAGUGGGAAGGGGAGGGAGUGGUUUCUGGACACUGGGUUCCUGAAAUCUGGGAGAGAUGUCAAGUAUAGUGUGGUUCAGGAGGGAUCUAAGGGUGGAAGACAACCCUGCUUUGGCUGCUGGGGUUAGGGCAGGGGCAGUUGUGGCAGUCUACAUAUGGGCUCCUGAAGAAGAAGGGCACUAUUAUCCUGGAAGGGUAUCAAGAUGGUGGCUUAAGCAAAGCUUGGCUGAUCUUGACUCCUCUUUGAGGAGCCUUGGGACUACCCUUAUCACUAAGAGGUCCACUGAUAGUGUCUCUUCUCUCCUUGAAGUUAUCAAGUCUACUGGUGCCGCUCACCUUUUCUUCAAUCACUUAUAUGAUCCAUUGUCCCUUGUUAGGGAUCACCGAGCAAAGGAUAUUUUAACUGCCCAAGGAGUGACCGUGCGAUCAUUCAAUGCCGACUUGCUUUAUGAGCCUUGGGAAGUUGUUGAUGGCGAAGGGCGCCCUUUCACAACCUUUGCAGGCUUCUGGGACAGGUGCCUUAACAUGCCUUAUGAUCCAGAGGCUCCACUUCUCCCUCCUAAACGGGUCAUUUCUGGUGAUGUCUCGAGAUGUCCUUCGGAAAACUUGGUAUUUGAAGAUGAGUCCGAGAAAGGAAGCAACGCUCUUCUUGCGCGAGCAUGGUCGCCAGGGUGGAGGAAUGCUGACAAGGCACUAACAGUAUUCCUAAACGGGGCAUUGAUCGAGUACUCAAAGAACCGAAGGAAAGCCGACAGCGCAACAACCUCGUUUCUCUCCCCACAUUUGCACUUUGGGGAAGUGAGUGUCCGAAAGGUGUUCCACCUCGUCCGCAUGAAACAAGUCCUAUGGAGGAACGAAGGAAACCGAGGGGGAGAAGAGAGCGUUAACCUGUUCCUCGAGUCUAUAGGGUUGCGAGAGUACUCAAGGUAUAUGAGCUUUAACCAUCCCUAUAGCCAUGAAAGGCCACUUCUAGGACAUUUGAGGCACUUCCCUUGGGUGAUCAGCGAGGAGUACUUUAAGGCGUGGAGGCAAGGGAGGACGGGGUACCCUUUGGUGGACGCGGGCAUGAGGGAAAUAUGGGCCACCGGGUGGUUACAUGACCGGAUACGGGUUGUGGUGUCUAGUUUCUUUGUCAAGGUGUUGCAGCUCCCAUGGAGAUGGGGAAUGAAGUACUUCUGGGAUACCCUUUUGGAUGCAGAUCUUGAGAGUGAUGCUCUUGGUUGGCAAUAUAUCUCCGGUUCCCUUCCCGAUGGACGCGAAUUGGACCGCAUUGAUAAUCCCCAGUUUGAAGGUUACAAAUGCGACCCUAAUGGGGAGUACGUGCGCCGUUGGCUUCCAGAACUUUCCAGGCUUCCCACGGAGUGGAUACACCACCCGUGGGACGCCCCGGAAUCCGUUCUGCAAGCAGCGGGCAUCGAGCUCGGAUCCAAUUACCCCCUCCCGCUCGUCGGGAUUGACGCUGCAAAUACCCGACUGCAAGAGGCGGUGGCGACAAUGUGGCAGCUUGAAGCCGCCUCGAGGGCAGCGGUCGAAAACGGCGUGGAGGAGGGACACGGCGACUCCGCCGAGUUCUCCCCCAUUGCCUUCCCUCAAGACAUGAUGCAUAUGGAGACAACCGCCGAACCGCCGCCGCCAAGGAACAACAACAACAACCAGGCGGCGACUGCAACCUUAGUCGUCGGUGAUUACACGGACCAGAUGGUCCCCAGCAUGACGUCUCUAUCCCGAGAUAGCUCAAUGCAUCUCGGGAAUCGAGACGAGGACAACAGAGCAGAAGUCCCGAGAAACGACAACCGGACAGGCCAAAGGCGCCCCAUGCCGCCGCCGCCGCCAACGCAACACCAGUGGAGGGAUACCGAGGACUCCUCCACGGCCGAUUCUUCCAACAGCAGCCGUGGCGUCGUUCCCGUGUGGUCCCCUCCUAGCAACAAUUACUCGGGGGGCGACGACACGGGCGCGGGCCCUUCUUUUCUGCAGAGGCCACUCCAGCUUUUGAACAACUGGCAACGGCUGUCUCAGACAGGGUGAUGUAUGAAGAAGAUUGUAAUGCCAAGAUGAUUUGUUUAGUUAAUCUUGAUGAUGAAGAGAAUUAUCCGAAAGCAGUGGUAUAUUAUUCUACUAAUAUCUUGAAAAUUUGAAAUUCAUCAAAAAAUGGAUGUGUAAUAAUUUCAUGUUUUUGAAUGAACGUAGCAGGUAUAUACCAUGCAUAUAAACUAAUGUUGAUUAAUGUUUGUAGUUUGUGCCUUUUCGUUACUUAAAAGUAUUAUUUUCAAGGUGUUAUUGUAUCCAAACUCGACCUAGUACUAAUUUGGGUUUA